CCCCACUCUGACAGACAGCAUGAUGCGCUGCUGCUGCUGCAGCUCUGGCAUGUGUAGUGUUGGCCACCCGAGCAACAAGGAUGCAUUUGGCAACACAACACAUGAGCUGGCACGCUAACCCCCCUAAACCCCCACCCUCCACGGGACCCUGCACUCAUUUGGAUUAUCAUUCAUCGUCAUUCCACUACCCAAAAAGGAAAGGAAAUCUGGCUGCAUGUGUAGCAGGAGGAGAGGUGCAUCCACCUGGGCAUGCGCUUGAAAAGGGGGUGGCUUCCAAUCAAGUCAUCGAUGCUAUGAACGCAGACUUCUCUCCCUCGCGCUCCAUGACAACAUCGGUUGUGCUGCUGCUGUGUUGUACAACGUCAGCCUACGCGCUGGUGGAACAGCACAUGAUGCUGCCGGAGCCCGUCCUGGCCACUCUCGCAUGUGAUUGGCUAACAGCCCCCCCCCCCACGCUGGCUUUUAGCGCCCCCCGAUGCUCACACAUGCAUCUCCACGUGCCGGCAGGUUAGCGUGUGUACGAGCUAACAUGUUGUUGUCAUCUCUGCUCAGCUUUGACUACUGCAGGUUGAUGGAGGUAGACUACGUCCCCAUGGAGGGGGGUUACAUGGUCUCCAUGCGCCCCACUAAAGGCUAUGCACCCACGGCCAAAGGACACGCCUCCACCAAGUCUCCAGACCGACACAGCCGUGUGACAAACUCCCCCGCCACCCCUCGCUCCCGGCGGUCCCCCGCGGCACCCAGUACCAGAGAUCCACACAGCAACGCCUCCCUCAGCAGCAGCAGCAACUCAGGCUCUUGUAAAGGCAGCGACUGCAGCCCAACCAAAGGACGUCACCAGAAGUACACAUCAUGCACCGACAACCACGGGAUUCGGCCCCCGCCACCGGAGCAGUACCUGACACCCUUGCAGCAGAAGGAAGUGUGUAUCCGGCACCUCAGGGCCAGGUUAAAAGAAACCAUCACCACGCUGCAAGACAGGGACACAGAGAUCGAUGAGUUGAGAGAAAAGCUUUACAGGAUGCAGGAGGACUGGGUUGAGGAGGAGUGCCAUCGUGUGGAAGCUCAGCUGGCCCUCAAGGAGGCACGUCUGGAGAUCCAGCAGCUGAAACACGCCGUGGACACGGUCCGCACCAGGCUCAGCGAUGCCGGGGGGAUCAGCGGGGACGUGGGUGUCCAGAAGUACUUCCAGGACAUCAACACUCAAAACCACAAGCUUGAGAACCUGCUGCUCAGCAUGGAAUUGGCUCAGGCUGGACUAGCCAAGGAGGGGGAAGCCAUAGCAGGACGCCGGAACCGAGUUGGGGGUUCUGCGCCGGCGUCUGUAUCUGGGGAGAGUCCAGGUCUAAUACCAAAACCAGCAAUAGGAGGGAGGGGUUCUUGCUCUUGUGAUGGGUCCCCAGCCCGCUCCAUCACCAGGAGCUCCACCUACACCAAACUGAGUGAUCAAGCGGAAGAUCGCAACAGUACCGAUUUUCCUUGUCUUUCAGCAGAUGGCACUCAGGACAGCGGCUUCGUGUGCUGCGGGGAAGGUGGUGACGUCCCGAGUCGGGCUGACUUGCUGCUAGAGGCCGCCUUUCUUUCGGAGGAAACCGCUUCCUUGCUCAACUCUUACGCACAAACCUUCUCGUGCUCCAUACCCAACUCUUUGCCUCACACGUAUUCCAAAACUUUACCUCAUUCCUUCCCUCACAACCACUCGGUGCCCCACACCAUGCCGCACUCGGCCACCUACGAGAGGCUGUGUUCAGGCGACCGUCUUUCGCCGUUGCGUUGUGGUCUGGGUGGAGGCGGCUGUAUCAGCCACCCCUGCCUGUCCCACCAUCACCUGUAUCUGCAUCCACUACGUGAGACGGGCAUUCAGACGGAGAGCUGUCCCAUUCCGGCGACAUCGGGGUGCCCGUCCGACCUGGAUACCAUCGCCGAACAACGAACGUUCCGCUCUCAAGCCUGCAGCCCGACGUCCACAUGGUUGUCUGAUGAAGGCGAGGAAGAGCUGGACUCCAUCACGACCACUACAUCCGUAACCACAGCGACGGUCAUGAGCGCGGCCACAGAGCCCAUUCCAUGCUCCAAAUUGCCUCGGGUCAAUUCCAUGCCGCGAUCUGCCACUGUGGCCUGUUCCAUGGAGAGUCCCGUCUGUGAGAACAACCGAAAGGACGAUCCAGAGGAAGAAUCUGUCGCAGUCGACAACCAGGGUCUAACCAGUGUCCAACUCACAGGGGGUCAGCUGGACUCGGAGGCAGAGAGUUUGGUAGGAAAUCAGAAGGAAUGGAAGGAGAGACAUGAAGGCCUAUGGAUUGGAGAGGACAGACUUGAAACACUCCAGUCAGAAACACCAGGACCGAGCCCGUGUAGUAGCCCAGAAUCACCACAAGUCUUGGAACAUCCUCACACCUCCCAGCCUAAAAAAUCCUGUUCCCACGAGGAGGUAGCCCGUGUCCUUGUCCUGAAGGAUGACCAGGAAGUAGGAACAGAAGAGCAAGGCUGCGAAGAAGUCAGUGAAGCAUCGGCAGAGGAAGUGAACUCCAAUUCUGCCUCAGGGCCGGUUCAGAAGAGCUACUGGAGUCGUCAUUUCCUGGUGGAUCUCCUAGCCGUGGCAAUCCCAGUAGUGCCGACGGUGGCAUGGUUGUGCCGGGGUCCGGUCCGAGAUGGACAGCCUAUGUACCACAUCGGGUCACUGCUGAGGGGUUGCUGCACCGUGGCCCUGCACUCGCUUCGCAGGGGCGGCGGCCUGAGGCAUUACCCUGCGGGCGGGGGAGGAGACCUCGGCGGAUCCCAGAUGUGAAACAUUAGUGCCACGUUUGACCAUCGCAGGUUUGAAUCUAGAAAGUCUUCAGUGAGGAGGGUGUCAUGUGAGUCCAGAUCCAGCCCUCUGUGACAGGGUUGUCCCACCUUCUGGUCCAAGGCUUUGGAACGAAUGUGCAGAUCUAAAAAACUACAGUCCCUGUCUCACUCAUGACUGACUCAGAUUAGCACUUUGCCGGACAUGUACGCAAAAUAGUCUGGAGUGUACCUCCAAGGAUGUCUCCUAGGUGAGAUACUCCGUCUACGUGUAAAACUCAUCUUAGGUCCUUGAGGCACAAGCCCGCAGUUAUUAUCAGGAAGAGUCAAGGCCCUCUGACAUCAAAACACCUUCACAAGGCUUGAACAAGAACCAACUUGUACCACUAAUGUGGACUUAUUCAAGAACUAAAUAGGCUCCAACCAAGUUCCUGAGCCUUUAGAUCUUCAAAGAACCAACACAUACACCUUCACGCUCCAACAAUUCCUUGUACAUGUGCAAUAAGCUAGCUAGAAGAUACUUGCUGGCUCAGCUGGUCUCAUCCUCGACUAAGGCAAGCUCUCUCUGUGCUCAAUAGUUCCACCAAAAGCUCUCGUUGUCUUGUUCUGCUGUCGCUCUGGACUACACGUGGCCCGUCCACGGACCGAACCUCAUCCCAUACGUAACAAAGCUCUUUCUGCGAGACAUCACUCUCAAUUACGGUGGACCCUCGAACGUCCCACAUCACCAGAACUUUGAGAUUGUCUUCACGUGUUUAAAGUAACACUCGUUACACUUGUGUACCAUCAUACAGAUUUCAUCAAAAAUUGCUAGAAUAUGUAUUUUGCACAUUUCGACCUUAAUGGGGUUUUAAGUAGAGCUCCAAUAUCACCUGGUCAAAAGUUGAAGACCACAGGCGAUAAAAGACAAAAUCUGACGAAAUCCUCCAUCAGCCAGGGCUCCUCCAUCAGCCAGGCCUCCAUCAGCCAGGCCUCCAUCAGCCAGGCCUCCAUCAGCCAGGCCUCUGGCAGUGUGCCAUUCCUGCUGAGCUUGGACGUAGGAAGACGGUCAUUCUACUUUUUGGAAAGAUCCUCAGCAUUACCCAACAAAGUCAAGCGGUAGGCCCCAAAAAUGACAUCUGGGAUCUGGGACCCAAAUGAAGACCCUUACUGGUGCCGACUUCAGAGCAAAAAUGCUUUAUUCUCUGAUGAGAAAAAAUGGAACCUUGACGGUCCAGAUGGCUUCCAACGUUAUUGGCAUGACAAGGAGAUCCACCUGAGAUGUUUUCUACCCGGCAUAGUGGUCCAUCUGUCCAUCUUUUUCAUUCAGUGGAACACUGGAGCUUCAGGUGGUGCGGAGUUGUCAAACGGCAACCGGUGACGUGCAGAUGUUGCGGCGGGCAUCCCUAAUGAGGGAUGAGGGCCCCGGUCUGGGUGGUAACAGCUGGGUUCUUCAACAGGACAACGCUGCAGUUCACAAUGCUGGCUUGACCAAGGACUUCUUCAGUGAGAAGAACAUCUCUCUUUUGGAUCCCGCAAACCUCAUUUCGAUCCAAAUGUGCAAAAGAUCAAUUCUAGCUGUUUUUCAACUGGUCUUAAGAUUGUGAUCAGGUCUGUACUCCUAAAAGAUUUUUUCUGUAGAGUAAAGUUGUUUGUUCUCUCAAGAAAUUAAGGUUUUCAUCGGGCUGUGAUCUCUGCCCUUUAUUGGGAUGAGACUCAGUACCUCCAAAUGUGAGGCAUUGUUCUCAGUGGGAGAAGGGUGGACUGAUCCCUCCGGGUCGGAAAUGAGGUCCUGCCCCAGGUGAGUUUCAGGUAUCUUGGGGUCUCGCUCACGGGUGAGGUCGGCGCAGUGUCUGCAGGAAUGCGGUCGCUGUACCGGACUGUCGUGGUGAAGCCAGAAGAGCUGAGCCGGAAGGCAGAGUCGAGAGAGGAGCCAGUUGUGGUGGCUCGGGAAUGCCUCCCAGACGCCUCCUUGGUGAGGUGUUCCGGGCAGGCCCGGCUGGGCGAAGGCCCCGGGGCAGACCUAGGACACCCUGGAGGGAUUAUGUCUCACAGCUGGCCUGGGACCAGGAAGUCUGGGUUUCCCUGCUGAGACCGCUGCCCCCGCGACAAGCGGGCCACUCAAGUGGCGGCCAAAUCAGGUUGAGUUCCGAGGGUCCGCCGUGGCAAAGGUUUUGGUUGUGAUGAGGAUUUACUUGUGAAUGUUUAUUUGCUGACUUUGUGUAAAUAUGUAAAAAAGCCAAAAGCCAAAUGCUUGUCAUCCUGACACGAGCAGAUGUCGAAGGAAACGGCAUUUCAAGACAGGAAAAGAAACGUGACAUCAUUUCUCUUUCCUUUUGUGUUUUUGCACUAUUGUUCACUUUAUGACUUGAAUGAGCGUACAGUCAGCGUACAGUCAGGACGUCCUCUUCGAACACGCCUCAUCGUUCCCCACAAGUAUUGGGACAUUCAUUCAUUCAUCUUCUACCGCUUAUCCUCACGGGGGUUACGGGGGUGCUGGAGCCUAUCCCAGCUGUCCAGUGGGACAUGUCAUAUUACAAGAAAUACAUGACAAUGGAAUCAUGGAAAAGGAAACUAUUACAAGGUCAGAAAAUGUUUUACAAAUUUGAUGGUAAAAUUAAAAACUUAAGUAAUUAUUACAAGAAAUACAUGAUCAUGAAUAUUAUGAAAAUACAUGUUUUUUCAAGAAAAUUACAUUUGAAUAAUAUUACAAGAAGGUGCUAAUGUGUUUAAAAAUAAAGUCUUAAAAUUUUGGGGGAAAAAACUUUGGAAGCCAAUUAAAAUGCUAAAUAUUUUUAGAGAUUGUUAAAGUUUCAAAAUAGGACAAAAUCAGAAUUAUUUAAAAAAAAAAAGAUAAAUUGGUGUUAAGGGUUCACCCUCCCAGGAAAAAUGGAGAACGAUAUUACAAGGUCAUAAUUUUAUCAUAUAUUAUUGGUGUGGGUGUCCCGUUAAUACUGUGUACAACAUGCGGUAGUGUCACAUGGUACGAGACGUCAGGGAAUAUCAUCAUCAUCAUCUUCUCAUCUCAUUGGUUUGGCUUUGCUUUGUGCAAACGAUGGACGUCUUGUCUUUUCCAUCACAAUGUUUGUGUGCUCUAAAUGCCCCCCAUACGCAGUCAGUCUACUGUAUGCUACUGUAUGUAUACCGACACUCAAUAGAUAGUCUAUGUAUGAAACGAUGCUCCUGUAUAUGGUAUACAUCAUAGAUUGUAAACUAAUGUACUUCAAUGCAAUACUGUACUCGUGGACGCAUUCAUGAUUAAAGUAUGACACACACGAGUGAUAA